AUGAAUGAGUACGUAGAGGCAGGUCUUAUCACGGGUAUCUGCUACGAGUCGGAUGUCGAGGAUCAGCUCAAAAUCCGCUUUGGGAAGGGCCCUUUCAAGAAGGAGGAGGAGGUGGUGAAGCAGCCACUGAAUUCAGUCGAUGUCCGCAGGUAUGUACGACGCAAUACCGAGAAAAUGGUAGGCAUUGGUGGCGGCAAAAAGAUUGCCGUCAUCCGUGCUGUCGGAGCGAUUACCAGCGGAAAAAACGGUUCAUCGCCAGUAACCGGAAAUACGCUGGGAAGUGAAAGCUUGGUGGAGCUGAUCCGCAAGGUGCGGGACGACAAGCGGUAUGUUGCUUGCUUGCUGCGAUGCAAUUCGCCCGGGGGCAGUGCACUCGCCAGCGACAUUAUGUGGAGCGAGCUAAAGAAGCUUGCUGCCGUGAAGCCUGUGCUAGCAAGCCAAUCGGACGUGGCCGCCAGUGGGGGGUAG